AAAGUGAUUUAUUUAUUUUUAUUUAUUUUAUUUUUUUUUUUAAAGUAUUUUACAAGGUUUUUAUGGAGUUACAGGCAUCUUCUAACAAAUGGCUUUUAUUUUCCCUAUUGGUCUGUCUGUUAGAGCCUCCAGUAGGAAUGUGAAUCGUGAGGAAUUGAACGAUUCUGAUUCCUUUUAACAAUUCUGAGUCAUUUGUUUGGGAAUCAGACAAUACUGGUUGCACUGCAUGUUUCACGCUGCUGGUUAAAAUAGCAGUAUUUCAGUGCUGCAUAGUACGGUAGUAGCAGGAAACACUGUCAGAGUAUUUUAGUACGGGGUUGCAUCAGCAGAAGAAUUCACGUUCGAGAACCAUAUACAGAACUGAAAGUCAAGAAAAUCCUUUGGUUCUCAUAUUUUUAAGGGUUACCAACCCUAGCCACCAUUUAACAGUUAUUCAGAAAUGUGUUUUCCCUAUUGAGCCAUAGGCAUUCUCUCGCCCAACCCACUGGCCUUUGCUCCUGGUCCCAAUAUAUUGAUGUGUAUUCUGCUGAAACUUGGCAGCAGGGUGUCGCUUUGUUUGUUUCCCUCCUCCAUGUGAACGUAAGAUUCCUCUGUGUGCCAAGAGGAUGAAGAAAUGAACAUGGAUUCUUUCAGCUGGACAACCAACAACCAACACACUAACAGCCAAUCGAAUGUCUCAUCCAACCGCUUUGCUAGCUGGGUUACUUUUGAUGAUGAUGCGGACAAUGUUUUCCAGCCUCCAGGGAGGCCAUCUAAAAUAAAACUAGACAACCUGAACAAUUCUCCACUUCAGGAUGCCAACAGCAACCUCAUUGCCUCUUCCUUUUGCAACCAGGUGACCGAGAGACACAUCCUGGACUUGACCCCAGAUGGCACCAGUUCCAUUUUUGCCUUUGAAAGCACACUGAACAACAGCAUCCCUUACAACAAGAGGAACCCAUUCCUGGAUGUUGAAUUCUCCAACCUUCAACCAUCCCCUAUUAACCCUUUUAGUGCCUACUUUGACAAAACAGAGGUGAAAACGUCUCAAAACAUUGGCCUGUGCCCGGAGACACCUGAUUUCUCAAAUGUCAGUUCACCGUUCUUUGGGUAUCAAGAUGCUGACAUCAAAAGGGAAUCUAUAGUCCUUUUUUCAGCAAAGAAGGACUCUGGGAGUGGAAAUGAAACUGUCCCAUCAGGCCCUCCUGAAGAUGGUCUGGAUCAGCUCAGGAAAAUACACAUCUCUGACCCUGACCGUGAUGGUAGUCCUACCCUACCAGACGAUUCUGUGGAUGCAGAAGAUUCUGAUGAAUCUGCCUAUAAACCAGAUCACAUGACUCCUCUGGAAGGGUGGCCUAUGCUGCUACGCAUCCCUGAGAAGAAAAACAUCAUGUCCUCACGUCACUGGGGACCAAUUUUUGUAAGGUUGACAAACAGCGGCCAGCUGCAGCUCUUCUAUGAAAAAGGGCUUGACAAGCCCUUCAGAGAGUUCCAGCUGAACUCCCAGCAUGAGAUAUCUGAACCCAAACUCCAGAACUACGAUGAGAAUGGCCGCGUACAUACUGUCAGUAUAGACCAUGUGGUUUACAAGGAGAAGAGGAAGAUCCAGCCCAAGGUUACGGUAGUUCAUAUGCCUGUGAAAGAGCAAGUGGUAAAGCUUGGGACCACAAACUACCAGGACUUCUUGAGCUUUCGUCAUACCCUGCAGGAGACCCUUGUGGGUCUCUCUGGAGAUAAAGAAGGCCUCAGCUGGCCUGCAGCUUACACAGAGGAGGAGAUCUAUGUGGAGGUGAGAGAUAACUUCUUUGGAAUUCUCUCCAAGGGGGACUGUCGUAUCUUGGAGCAGUUGGUUUUGACCCGAGUAAACAUGCUAGCCUUUUUGAAAGGCUCUCCACCUUGCAGUAUUGGCCUCAAUGAUGUCCAAGUCAAAGGUAAAGAAGUGGUUUCUCGGCAUGACAUAAUCCCCAACACAACGUCACGUUGGAUUCGCCUACGCGACUGUCGACUGCAUGAGUGUGCAGAUCACUCAGAAUUUGCAGAGUCUGGAGCCAUUACUUUUAGCCCACCGGUUGGUCGUCGCUUUGAACUGCUACGUUUUCACACAACGUUCGCAGAAAAAACACUUCCCUUCACUCUGAGAACAGUUGCUAGCGUCAAGGGCGCAGAAGUGGAGGUGCAGUCCUGGCUGGUGAUGUCAACAGGUUUCACAUCCAAUCGGGAUCCUUUGACGUUGAUACCAUGUGAGAAUGUUGCAAUCCGUUACCCCAUACCUGAAAUUUGGGCGAAGAACUUUAGGCGCGAGAGUGUGACGGGUGAGAAGUCCCUUAAGGCUCGCUUCAAUAAAGGAGCCAGCUUCGGUUCAACCAGCAUGUCAGGGUCAGAACCAGCCAUGAGGGUUACGCUUGGCACUGCAAAAUACGAACAGGCCUUUAAGUCUGUCGUGUGGAGGAUUAGUCGGCUGCCAGACAAGAACUCAGGGCUGGGGCAUCCUCAUACCUUCUUCUGUCAUUUGGAGCUGGGCUCAGACUGGGAGGUGCCUCCUAAGUUUCAAUGCCAGGUGGAGGUGGAGUUUGAUAUGCCCUCUGCCUCUGCAUCCAAAGCCACUGUGCGCUCUCUGUCUGUAGGGGACAGAACUGACUUGAAGAAAUGGAUCACCUACAAAUCACAUUACUCCUAUCAGGUUGCAGUAGAGGUAAAGAAUGAAAGCAUGAUGGAAAGCCCCCAGGAGGAGCAGCCAGGAGAGUGCUGUCAACAGUGAGGAAGAGCCUUUUUUCAUCCAGGAAAAGAGGGAGGUUUAAGGGUUGCACUUUGUUGAUUAGGAGAAUGAUCAGCUCUCAACUCAAGUAAAUAUUUCGUUUACAUUUCAUGCCCAUUUCAAAGAUUUGGUGUAGUAUUGAAAUGAAAUUGAAGCAUAUAUCCAGUAGGAAUGAUAUUCAAAAAAGAAUAAAAUGCUGCAUGAAACAAUACAUGAAUGUUCCAGAUGUCUACAUGCAUUGCAUGUCCUGAUAUGUGAAGAAUGUGAUUUACUAUUGCAGCAAAUUGUUAAUUUAGAGGUCCUUAUCAAGGCUUUUAUAUUACAAUCUUUGGGGGAUAAAAUCCUUAAAUUUUUGCCUAUAUCAUUGCAGCUGUCAUGUGUUGUCUUAAAUGUAGAUAUCACAGGAUUGUAAAAAAAAAAUAUCUGUAUAUUUUGGCUUAUUUAACUUUGUUCAGAGGAUAACGAGGGACUCCUUAACUAAUUCAUUUUAGAGCUUGUUUUAUUUUACAUAGACAAAAAUAAGUAAAUGACUUUUUAGUCUCAACUUAAACCAUGUAUGUUAGUAUUACAACAAAAGGUACCGCUAAUGCAAAAUGUAUACCUUAGAUUUGUGUUUGUUAUGAGUCUGAUUUAUUUUAAUUUAAUUAGCUGCCAUUUUUUUUUAAUAGAGUAGCACAUCUAUAACAUUUGCAUUAAAUUCAGAUUUGAAUGCUUGCAAAUGAGGCCCAUUUGUUAGUAGCUGCUCAGUUAAACUCUUAAAGCAGGAUUUUGCUCCGAACAUAGGUGGAGGUUUCAGUGAGGGAAAUAAAUCAUGAAAUAAUAUAGCCUGCACUUUGCGCAUUUUGAUGAGUUUAAAACACUGAAUUUGAUUAACAUUUAAUGGGAUAGUACAUUUACCAUAAUGACUUACUUACUUCUGUGGAAAGCAAAAGGAGAUGUUACUGUAGGCUAAAUGCAAGACUGACAGCCUUAGUCACCAUUCACUUUCAUUGCGUUUUUCCAUACAAAGUAAAUUGAUUGGUGACUGAGGCUAAUAAUCUGCCUAACAUCCCCUCUUGUGUUCCACAAAAGAAAGAAAGGCAUACAGGUUUGGAACAACAUAAGAGUGGGUAAAUGAUGACAGAAUGUUUCAUUUUGAGUAAACUAUCCAUUUAAGUUGCUCCAAAUAUUUUCUUUUGGUUAGUGUCAUAAUUAUUACAGAGGGCUUAAUCAUUGUGUUAAAUUAGCAAAACAAUAUUUGUCCAUUUACAUUUGUUGCAUUUUCAAUUCAUGUUUUGUUUUCUUCAAUCAUUAUAGUGCACAGUCCUAAUCAAGAACAUUUUUUUUGGAUUUUCUUUUAAUUUUAAUUAUGGCUAAAUGUUGUCCUCUAAAGCAUCAACAGAAAUACUCAAUAUAAUUUGUCAUCUGAACAUUUCAUGAUAUUUAGAGUUUGAGUCUGAUCUCAAUAAUGUUACACUGAAAGCACAGAAUGUAAAAAAAAAAAGUAAAAAAAAAAAAAAAAAAAAAUGUGUUUGAAUUUCUGCUGAUUAUGAAUCAUGUUUAAAAGUAGAUUUGACACAUUGAGUGUAUUGGCAAGAUUAUAAAAAAAGAUUGCAAUGUUUUCAAUGCAUCUGUUAGUACUGACCCUCAGUUAUAAUACUUGACAUUUGGCAUAGAAAUAAAUUGCUAAAGCCUUCAAUUUCUUAGUGUUUAUUAUGUUUUUAUGAGUUUGACUUUUUUUUUUCUUUGUUUAUUUUAAGCAAAAAAUCAUUUCAACUAACUGGUUUAAUAUCGUGAUGAUUAGACUGAAAUAUUGCAAAAAUACUAAAAAUGUGUUUGAUAUGUUUACUUAUUUUGUGUAUUACUUUUUUGCUUUACUUUUUCGUUUAUUGAUUGUCUACUCCAUAGCUGUAAUUCCACUAACCUCAGUCAAUCUGUGCACCUUCAUCUCUCUCAUUUAAAGAACUGGACGGGAUGCAUACAAUAAAGUAUGUAACACAGAAAA